AUGUGCAGGCAGUACCCGGUGAGAAAACACGGGCAGGUUCAGAAGGAUCCGGGCACCAAGUACAACACAACUGCCAGGCGCCGCCGCAGGAGCAGGAACCUCCGGGCCCGGUGGGCGCGCGUGGUGCCCCACGAGUACAUGCUGUCCAUCUACAGGACUUACUCCAUCGCGGAGAAGCUGGGCAUCAACGCCAGUUUCUUCCAGUCUUCCAAGUCGGCCAACACGAUCACUAGCUUUGUAGACAGGGGACUCGACGAGAAAAUUAAGUUUCCUUGUAAAUUCUCUGUCCAAAGUCCAAUUGUUCGCAUCCCGUCAGUUCUGCUGAUUAGAAAGCGUCGGCCUUGGCUGCCUUCGCGCCGGGGCCGCGGGCGCACGGCCUUCGCCAGCCGCCACGGCAAGCGGCACUGCAAGAAGUCGAGGCUGCGCUGCAGCAAGAAGCCCCUGCACGUGAACUUCAAAGAGCUGGGCUGGGACGACUGGAUUAUCGCGCCCCUGGAGUACGAGGCCUACCACUGCGAGGGCGUGUGCGACUUCCCGCUGCGCUCGCACCUGGAGCCCACCAACCACGCCAUCAUCCAGACGCUGAUGAACUCCAUGGACCCCGGCUCCACGCCGCCCAGCUGCUGCGUGCCCACCAAAUUGACUCCCAUCAGCAUCCUGUACAUCGACGCGGGCAAUAACGUGGUGUACAAGCAGUACGAAGACAUGGUGGUGGAGUCGUGCGGCUGCAGGUAG